GCUCACGCUGCUUGUGAGGGUAAUUAGGUCAUUAAUGUAUUUCUAGCAAUUUGUUUGAUCUGCCCUCCCGCAGUCCAGCUUCAGCGAAGAAAGGUUUCGCAUAUUAUUGAAAUUUUAAGUUGAAAUUUUAUCCAUGGAAGCGAAAGCGAAAGCGACGCCGACUGUGAAAUGCUUUUUAAAAGUGCGUUUAGUGAAUUACUUAUUGGUAAUACUCACAGCUGUUGGUAUAAAGGGACUCGGAGCAGUUGCAGUUGCAGUGCCGAGAUCCAAUUGCUACGCUUUCGAUAAUUCCAGUCGCAUUGUUGAUUUUAGUAGCUGGAUCGGACAUUAUUUCGAGUAUGAAGACAAUGGUGUUGAUUUGGUGGUUCGAUUUUGCAAAGAUGUAGAGACUAGAUCACAAGCGGGAUACAUAGCUUUUGGCCGAUUUAAUAAGUUCAACCAUUUUGUUGCUGGUUCAGGCCAUGUUGACUUUGUUCAGGGGUUUUACGGUGGUGACCUUUUGAAUUGUGAGUCAAGUUAUGACAAGAUGGGACGUACGGCUCAGGUAAAUAUUAUUUGCGGGAAUUGUUUAAAUGGACAAUGUGAAGGUGGACUUGGAUGCAUUUGCAACGUUACUUAUGAGUCAAAUUGCAGAGUAUUUGUUGAACUUGCAAUUCCAUGUGAGAAACCAGGUCCCCGGGUAUUUAAGGGCUUCACGGUUGGUUUUCAUCCACGAUCAUGGGAAAUUGUUUAUGAUGGCAUGACUCAACCAGGUUUUGAAAAGGCUCGCCAUGAUUUCAGCUUUAAGACCGAACGGACUCAUGUGGCCCUAUAUAUGACUGCUAUUGCUUCUGUUUCCACUGUGGUGGGAAAACCUUAUUUUAAGGUUUUUCCAGAGAAGGGUCUCAAGGUCAGCUUAUCCGGCUCAGGGGCAAUGGGGAGCCCUGCUACAACUUUGUCACCCACAUUAUUGAUUGUGAAUUGGAGAUGUGAGAGGGCUCGUGAUAGUCUGUAUGAAGUUAAUAUCACCAUACCAGUCAAGGGCUAUGACCCUGUUCAAUUUUUUCUUACAAAAAUGUGUGAAUAUAGGCAGGAUAAGGAAGUGGAUCCUAUGCGAGGAUGGGCUAUUUUUGGGGUGAUAUCUUGCAUAAUCAUCGUCUCAUCAGCCAUAUUCUGUUGUGGAGGUUUCAUUUACAAGACACGAACAGGGCAACUGCGUGGGAUUGAUGCAUUGCCAGGCAUGACAAUACUUUCUGCAUGUUUAGAAACUGUGAGUGGAGCAGGUCAAAGGUACUCACAGCCAGAAGACCUUAACAGAUCCUUUCCGAAUCAGACCUCCUGGGAACGGUCGCCUGCUUCUCCUAAAGCAACAUGGAGAUCAAAUGAAAGAAAUUACGGGUCAAUUUAGAUAUAUUUACCUUGCAAAUUUUAAGGUCUCAGCGAAUUGACAUAGAACCAAAAAAUUGCAAAAUGAACAGUUUUGUUAACUCUUGAAAAGUAACUUUUCAUGUAUGAGCCUGAUUUCACAUGUAUACGUAUAUAUAUAAAGGGUUUAUAAAGCUUUUUUUAAUCA